AAAAAUGGCCACCAAACAAAAUCCCAAAGUUCUUUUGUUCCACCAAACAACACGGCAGUAGAAUAUUUCAACCAAAGCUCCCGUUGACUACAAUUUCUGCGAAAAAUCCUUAUAUGAAUUAAUCCAAUCAAUUAAACCCCAUUUCGGUCCUUAACACCCACCACCACCACCACCUAUGAUGGCGACUUCGACGGCGUCGACCACUAACAUCAUGCUCGCGAUCUUCGAGAAGAAAACCAAUUCGUUAGAUAUGUACAGGCCGCUUCGCAACUUCAUAGUCAUCAAUUACUCGGAACGCGAGGCCCAGAAUUUGGAGGACGAUCUCCAGACGCUUAAGGAGCUCCGAUCAGAUAUUGAGCGAGGCCCCUCCGAUUCGUUGCCUGCUCGCCGUGACCUUUUGCAACGUUACUAUAAAGCCCUCUGUGCAGUCGAGUCCAGGUUCCCCAUUUCACCCGACAAGGAUCACAUCAAUUCUGUGUCCUUUACUUGGUUCGACGCGUUUAAGAAUAAACAAAAGGCUUCUCAACAGAACAUCCAUUUAGAAAAAGCUGCGGUAUUGUUUAAUUUGGGGGCGGUGCACAGUCAAAUGGGACUGAGUUUUGAUCGUUCUGCUGUGGAGGGGAGGAGGCAGGCUUCACAUUCAUUUAUAGCAGCUGCUGGGGCAUUCGUGUUUCUAAGAGAUAAUGUGGCGGUGAAAGCGUCAGUUGGAGGUUCGACCACCUUGGAUGUGUCAGUUGAAUGUGCUGGAAUGUUGGAGAGACUGAUGCUGGCCCAGGCACAGGAGUGCGUGUACGAGAAUACCAUAGCAAAGGGGAGCAGUCCUGGGGUCUGUGCAAAGAUUUCAAGACAGGUUGGCGUGUAUUAUGAGGAAGCUUUGGUUGCAUUGAAUAAUGCACCUUUGAAUCAACAUUUUGAGAAGGCCUGGAUAGCUCAUCUUCAUCUAAAGGCUGCCUUAUUUUAUGCAGAGGCAUGCUAUAGAUAUAGUUUAGAGCUGCAUGAGAAAGAUGAGAUUGGUGAAGAAAUUGCACGUCUAAAGAGUGGGGUUAAUUCUUUGUCUGAAGCAAAAAAGUCAUCUCCCAAGGGGGCAGCUCAGCAGCUCUUGGAUGCAAUCACUAAAUUAGAAGCUAACCUGACUCAAAACCUGGAGAAGGCCGUGAAGGAGAAUGAUAGAGUCUACUUAAUGAGGGUUCCUCCUGCUAGUUCUUUACCUCCACUUCCAACUUUUUCUAUGGUGAAGCCUAUGCCUAUGAAUGAGGUGCUGGAUGCUAGCAAGGAUAAGAUGUUUGCAAGUCUCGUUCCUGAUAACAGUGCAAAAGCUCUUUCUAGGUACACUGAAAUGGUCGAUGAUGUUAUUAGAACUCAAGCUGAGAAAUUGCAGCAGGGAAGUGAACUAGCUCGAGUGAGAUUGAAGGAAAUGGACUUGCCCGAUUCAAUUCUUGCUUUGGAAGGAAAUUCUACUUUGCCUCUAGCAUUGAAAAAUGAUGUAGAGGCUGUACAGAAUUGUGGUGGACCAGCUGGCUUGGAAGGUGAACUACAGCAACUUAAAGAUUUGAGGAGGGUUAACCAGGAUUUGUUAGUUCAGACUGAGGAGCUGUUACAGAAAGAGGCUAUGGAGGAUGCACAAUUUAGAACUCAAUUUGGAACACGGUGGACAAGGCCCCAAUCUAGCACCUUAACAAAGAAUUUGCUAGACAGGUUAAAUAGGUUUGCAGCAAAUUUGAAGCAAGCUUCGGAGAGUGAUGCUCGGAUUGAGAGAUCUGUGAGAGAACAUUCAGCACUCAUGUCGAUUCUUGAUCGUCGUCCAAUAGAAUCUGCCCUUCCAACUCUGGCAAGGCCAAUAAUGUCUUUGGAUGCCACUGAAGAUGCUAUAGUGGGAGGCCUGAAGCAAAGAUUGAGGCAGUUGGAGACUCUUGGUACGGAAAGGGCGGGUCUUGAAGACAUGUUGAAAGAGAUGAAGAGGAAGGAUGAUAUACUACCCAAGUUGAUGACUUCCACUGGCUCUUACGAGGAUCUUUUUAGAAAGGAGAUCUCAAAGUAUGAUCACAUUUGUCAAGAGAUCACAAAAAACCUUGAGGCACAAGAACAACUACUGAUGCAAAUUCAGGUAUAUAUUUUCGUUUCUCAUGCGAAAGAUUUCAUUUUCCAGCUGAAAUGAAAACUAGGAUCAGGU